UUGGUCCUAAGAAAUAAUAGCUCCCUAGGUGGCAUCUAUUUUGUACGUCAGGUUCGAGUUGUGGUCUGUGUUCGAGCCACUUCACACUUGCAGGUUUUCUGGCUGUAGUUGAUUCUUUUGUUUCCUUUUUCUCUUUUUAAUUCUUCAUCUCCCAGGCCUCUUCCCAUGCCAAAGCUGCCGCCUGGGGAGCGGUGUGAAGGUGAGGAGGACUCCGAGUACAUGACUCCCUCCUCCAGGCCUCUAGGACUUCAAAAGCCAGAUGUGAGGCGGCCUCUGGAGACAGCGCACAGUCCCCGAGCAUGUGACUGUGACCAGCAGAUUGACAGCUGUACGUACGAAGCCAUGUGUAAUAUUCAGUCCCAGGCGGUGCCAGUGGUCACGGAAGGCAGCACCUCUGGUGAAGGGAACCCGGCCGCGGCCCACGCCAGCACAGGCCCUGAGGGGUCCGAGGAGGAGGAGGACGGCGGCUAUGAUGUCCCCAAGCCCCCUGUGCCAGCCGUGCUGGCCCGCCGGACCCUCUCAGACAUCUCUAACGCCAGCUCCUCCUUCGGAUGGUUGUCUCUGGAAAGUGACCCUACAUCAGACUUCACUGAGGGUUCCCAAGUUCCUGAGAGGCCUCCCAAACCAUUCCCUCGGAGAAUCAACUCUGAACGAAAAGCGGGGAGCUGCCAGCAAGGUGCUGCUGCCUCACCACAGCUCUCCAGUGAGAUCGAGAGCCUCCUGAGUCAGGGGUACUCCUAUCAGGACAUCCAGAAAGCUUUGGUCAUUGCCCACAACAACAUUGAAAUGGCCAAAAAUAUCCUCCGGGAAUUUGUUUCUAUUUCCUCUCCUGCCCAUGUAGCCACCUAGCACAGUGCCUCCUCCACAGCGUGAGGACCGGAGCGCCAGGAGCGCCCACGCGGGUAGCACGUGGAGGAGCAGAGGCUCCGUUGGGGGCCUCCCAAUGACGUCUUGCCCUGUCUGUGGGAUAUCACACCUGUGGUUCCAAGAUUUCAGAGCAGUGGCAUGGAAAUGGAGCAGCUAGUAGGUUUUAUUAUCUGACCUGUUCUGAAAGUGCAUUUGAGAGUGUCCUGCAGCCCCCACUUUGAGUGGAUUUUUACUAAAUGGUAGCCUGCCUGGGGAGCAGUCCAGAAAGCAGGAGAAAUACUGUGCUGUAAAUCUGAAUCGAGGACUUUAGACUUUCCCUGGGUUAAGGAUGUGGUUGUGUGUGUGUGUGUGUGUCUGUGUAUGGUUGUGUGUAUCUUGUGAUUAUAAAAUUAACCUGCUGUCUGUGUUAAUCCUAGACAUGGAAUUAGCACAAGAGGUUUAGGAAGGAAUCUUUUAAAGACUUCCGUCUACUGUGGUAUCACACUCAACUUCAACACUCCCCUGUCGAUUGGACUAUCAUGUGCAUAGCUGAACACCCUCCCUCUGUCCUUCCUCCUCGGUGUCUGUCAUUGACAGUGGGCUUGCUGUGACCAGCCUUCCUGGAGCCAAGUGUUAUUUGAUUCGUUAGGAUGUUCUUUAUUCUGUGUGGUGGAGUUGGUUUGUUGGUAGGUAGGUGAGGAAAAGUACUGUUGCUCUAUUAUUAUGGUCUUGCUUGAUAAUAGCGGCUGACACUGGCCACUCCAAAGCACUGUUUCUGUUGAAGUGCUUCUGUUGAAGGAGCAUCGGAUCUGUUGAAGGAAGGUGUUUUGAUCAUCCUGAUCACAUGACGACUGCUUUGCGAUAGAGGCCUGCAGGUACAUUCCACACCCUCCCCAGAAAACAGUCUGCGGGGGGCAGCUGCCCAGGAGUCGGGUGUAUGUUCCCAUGUCAGUCAUGAGUUUUUCUACCUAAUAGGAAAGGAAUAAAAUUUGUUAGCAGCAUGGCUUUCUGGCCCAAAUACCAUGAAGCUUCAUUCACAUGUUUUCUACAUUGUUAUACAUAAAAUGCACAAAAUAGACAAUAGGGAUUUAUCUAGUCAGUUUUCUUCCCAGUGAAUUAAUUCCAACUUAUAUGGGUGCCUGCCUCCCUUUGAACAUGAGCCAGGUUAUAUUUUCAUUCAUGUUUUUUUCUUUGCCCUUUAAGAGAUGGGGCUGCCACUCAUGGUAGCCUGACAUUUUGCCGAUAAUUAGUACCCAACUGCAUCGUCGGGGCCAUCUGCUGACGUGGUGUUCUCUUGUGCCUAUGGUUUGGGGAAUAUAGCAUCUCCUCCCCUUUCCUCUUCCCCUGAGGUCCUGUAUGCUCUUUCAUGCCUGUGUUCUCCAUCAUCUGGUGUAAUGAAUGACGUCCCUGCAGGCAGAGGCAGUGUGCCCGUGUGAUUGCAGGCUCGUGAGGAAGGUGCAGCGUCCAGGGUGGAGCACCAGCGUGGCUCCUGUACACACGCCGAAGGACCCUGCGGUGUCGCUGGGCUCUCUGCCCGGAGCCUUUUGCCGACUGCCCCAGCAGGGUGAAACCCUCCUUGUCAGAGGCAAAGCUGCUCUUUGAUAGAUCUCCCCUCCUCAGAAUCUAAAUCAUGUCUUUGUCUGUAGAUACAGACAGAAAGGACUCUCCUUAGGUCUGCGCCCUUUCCCGUCUUGUCAUCUUUGGAACUAAAACUUUCCAGCUCUGCUCUUGGCUUUCAGCUGUUCUGCAUCCUUUGGUUUUAUCCUCUUGCCAUUUCCGUUCUCGUUGAUUCGCCAUGAUCACCCCAUGUCUCUGUGUGUCAGAGAACCCUGCAGCCACUGUCAGGUGCAGCAGAGGGCCUGAGCCGGGCAGCGAGUUGGGGAGGGGGCAGGGGCAGGGGCGGGGGCAGGGGCGGAGCGUGGGAACCGGGAACCCAGACCUCCGGCAAGCCAGCCUAGCGUUUCUUUCCUUUGUGGUAGCAUGCAGUUUUCCUUUUGUCGCGAUGUCAGAGGCCUAGACAAAGCUAGAAAAGAGGGCGGCAGCUUCCUUGUGUGCACAUAGCUGCCCAAAACCAGGAGAACAAAGCACUGGUUCUGUGCCUGUCGUUUGGCCUUCCGUUGCCCUUAAGAUCCUCUUUGGAGAUUAUGUCCUUUACCUAGGCGAAGGGCAAGUUCAUCCUUUCUUUUCCUGGCUAAGUACCAGGAUCAGCCCGGACACUGGGAUGCCAGAUGCCUGUGUGGAACGCGUGCCCCACUGAUCGGCCUGGUCCUAGCUCGGCCUCUGUGUCUGCAGGCUGUCAAGCUUUUUGACCAGUCUUUGAGGGCUUUUUUCUUUGACUUAGAUCCUGACAGAAAUGACUCUCGUUAGGCCUGUUUUCUUUGCUUUCUUGUUAUUGUUGGAACUAAAGCUUUUUCUAAGACAUGACUGGGUCCAUACUCAAGAUUCCCAGGUGAGCCUCAGGCGCGCUCCACUUGGCUGUUUGGAGGAUAUUUCCCCAACUUUUAUUUCUGAAAAUUCCCUCUGACCAAGGCACCAACUACCCGUUCUUCAUCCUCUGUCUCUGUGGCAGUGUUCGGUUCUUUGGCUCUGCUCUGAAUUUAACCAAAAUUGCCCUUUCACAAGAGGACUUUAUUUUGAGUUUUGCCAUUUUUGGUAAACCCAUUUCCUUUUUCCUUACUAAUUACACAUGGUUUUUUCUCUGUUAACUAUCAGAAAGGUAGGGUGAAAACCACUUGGCUGUUUUCCUUUUUCUCCAAUGCCUUGGGCUAUUCUACUAAACCCAGUCUCCAUCUCUUGCUUUCCCUGUGUCUUCUCGGCUUGCUGUACAAAGCUUGCCCCGUUGCUGGGCGGCUGCUUCACAAUACGUCAUCAGCUGCCCCUGCCAUACUCCUUCCACUCAAACAGAGGGGGUUCUCAAAGUGGAAAAACCUCGGGGACUCUGUGACGCACUUCCUUCAGGUAAAUAGCGGAUCGCGCAGUUCGUCAUCUCAGCGUGUAUCUGUCAGUAUCCAUGUAGACAGUGGUCUGGGCCUGUGGGUAGCCGUUCUCUUCCCCUCGCCGCCCCCCUCUGCUCACUGGGCUCUUCUGUUCUGCUCACUCCCUCCCCACACACGCACCACCAGGCCCGGGUGGGGGGAGUACUGCUAGUGUCAUGUAGCUGUGCUGGUGAGUUUAAAAAAAUUUUGGAAGGUGGUGGCAGGGAGAGAGGGUCGCUGUUCAUCUUAAAGUGUUUAUUUCCUCUAUAGAAAAGCAAAAUAUAUUUUAUGGCCCAAACAACAAACUUACAAGUGAAUGUUUGUAAAUUUCCUUGCAAAAUAGGGACCAGGUAUCUGUUCCCUUUAAGGCACAUUAACAGGACCUAGACCUUCUUGUGGGCGAUCGGCCAUGGUUUCGACGCAGAGUAUUUCCUACCUCACUUCGUGACUGUCAGGGUUGUAGACCUUCUUCCCCAGCUGUUUGUGAGUCUCCCUUCUUGCCACUGGCCUGACGGCAGUGACCACUGCCCUGGAGCUGCAGUGCUCCCACCAUUGGCUGGCGGUGUGACAGUUCGCGCUUUCAUUCAGCACAUGUCCGUGAGUGACUACCCUGUGCGGGAAGUGUCAGCUCUGUGUUCUCCCCUGCCGCCCCGUGGUGAUUGACUGACGCUGGGGGAUUGUUCUCGGGCAGCCCAGCACUUGCAUUUGGCCCUACAAGCGCCCUUCCCAAUAAGAUUAUGCAGUUUUAUUCACAGCUCUUUUAUGUAGAAGUAAUAUUUCCUUAUAGAGCUGUCCUGGUUAAAAUCAAUUCAAGACUCCCAUUAACCCCUUGGUCUUCCUGUAGCUUUGAUAAUGUCUGAUUCCUCAAUGUAAAUCUCAUGGAUACCCACCGCUUUUAUGUAUUUCAGUGGUACCUGAUUGGUGGAUUGAGGGGUAUGUUGGCUCGGAGUUGCACACAGGGCAGUUAAAUGUUUGAGCAGAGCGCCCGCCCACAGCCCCUCCAGCCCAGUGCCCUCCUUGGUCUUUCUCCUGAGCUGCUUGUGUCCCUGAUCCCCCUGGUUGGGAAGUUUCCUUGUUACCCUUCUGGAACCUGUCACCAUUUCCCAUUCUGCUUGGAACUUGUUUUCUAGCCCUCCAGUAGCUAACCCUGUGUGCCUUAGAAGGACUGAAGAUGUGGAGGAGGGGUGGAUGCCUGUCUUUGGGUCUCAAUCUUUAACCGGUUCUUUUGUCUCCUAAGAGCCAGGCAGGAAAAUAGGUAAACUCAGUCAGUUCUCCAAAUUGCCGCCUUUCCCUCCCAGGGUAGGAAGCAUGGACAGCUUAGAGACCCGAGAACUUAGCAUCAGAAUGAGCAGCCCAUCACGCCUAGACUUUCAGGCUUUAGAAAUGCAAUCUGAAGUGCUCUGUAGUGCUGGGUAAAGCUUCGGCCACCACCACUUUGAUCUCAGUCUUCCUUAGCGGACUUUCUUUAGAAAUGCAUAUAGCCAUUAAAGCAUGGAGGAGGGUGCGUAGCAGAAGAAAGUCAAGGUCUUUUGACUGUUCUCUGUAAGAAUCCUUUGGGUGCAAGAAACAGAAAUAUUCAAGCUAAAGAAAGGUGUCAAAGGGUGUUUCACAGAACCCAGCGCAAGAAGUACAGUCGCCUCGGAGCUGGACCUAUGAACCGCGGCACCUAUUGCUUGCUCCUGCUUGUCAGUCUGUUUGUUGGCGUGCACGGCCCCAAAAUAGGCAGGUCCAGGGAUCACCAUUAACAGAUCCCCAGUUCUUCUGGGUUGUCAUGUUCUACAGAAAGGAUGGGAUCAGCCCAGCACACUGGUGGGCAUCUACCCCUGGCCAGGCAGCCUUGCCCCACAGGGCAACAGUGGCAUGCUUCUGCAGGUCGUUGAUGGCGGGGGUUCUCCGAGAAGAAGAUGGGGAUGGGCUAGGUACCCUGAAAACUCUUUGUAGUAAAGCUGUUGCACUGCUCUUUUGAGAGUGGAAGGGCGGGCAUGGGACUGUACAUGGGCCAGUGAGGAAAUUCUUAGGUUGAACUUAAUUUGGGUUGCUGCUGUUGUUUCUCCAUUUCCUAUUUUGAUUUCCCAUAUCAGUCUUGGCAUCCAAGAUUUUUUACCUCCCUCUUGAGGACCAGUUUCUCCUGUUCCGGAGCUAGUCUGUCCUUAGGUGACACUUCUCAGCCUUUAUCCAGUCUCAGGUUUUUAGCUGCCUUGCAUAUUAUUUAGGGAGCAGAUCGCAAAUCCCAGUGUAGCCACCCAUGGACUUUUGGGCGCUCUUCAGGUUUUAGCACUGAAAAAAAUAUUCAUCAGUGGGCCUGUGGCCUGCGUCCCCCUCCCCAUCCUGCUCACGCUCUCCUUCGGCCUUCCGCGAGGGGGUCUCCGGAGUCACACCCUUGUAGGCCAGCCUCUCAGGUGCCUCAGACCUACUCUGCUGUGGCCAGUAAGAAUAUAUAAUAGUUGGGACAGUUGCCAGGAUAUAAAUUAAAUAUGGAUUCAAGUUUAGAAUAGUUUUUACUGAGAGCUUUUUAGACAGGAUACCUCUGUCGUCCCUGUCCGAUUGCUGUGUUGUCCUAUAUUAAAGCCUUUAUUUUUUUAUUUUUUUAAAACUGCUUCUGCUUGCCUGAGGCUUUUCAUCUUACUGGUCUCAUCCUAGAGCCCGUCCUAUGUUGUUGAGGCGUUUCAUAAUUCCCUACAACCUUUUUAAACUACUGGAGUUGUUUGGUGUGCACAGGAGUAACCUAGACCCAAAGACGGGCUUUGCGGCUCACGGUGGGUGCAGGGUGGGGUCGUCACGCUUCACAUUUGCUGUCCCAGUCUGGGCUCCAGGUUUGAGGAGCGGCGGUGCAGCAGUUGCCACGUGCCUUUGCAGUGUCCUGGGAAGCCUGGGUUGGCUUCAAGGGGGAAGUGCCAGUGUGUUUUGGGUCAAAAGUAGGACGAGAGUAAGAGGUGGGGAAUAGGGCUGGGCGAGCAAGCCCUGCCUGGAGGCUUGUUCACGUUCAGACCAAGCACCCUGCAAGCUCCCUGCCUAGGGCCGGCCCGUUGACUAAUGGAAGAACUGCUUGGAGCUCCCCUGCCUCUACCCUGUGUAACACUGGGGAGGAAGGUGGCUAACCACUCUCUCUGUUCAUAUGCAAGCCCAGAUCUCCGGAUUUUGCCACCAAACAAAUCAGAUUCCCGAUUGCCUGGCCCUGUAUCCUUGAUUCAAUCCCAAAAAUGAAUGUAAGGGGUGCCCUCCACAUUGCCUCUCACAUGCUUUCCUUCCACCCCUGAACCAGACGGGGAGGCCAGAGAGGAUUUCUCAGUCAUGCUAUGUGCACCUCCUCAGGCCUUGCACCAGACCAGCUCCAGGCUCUGGCCCUGACGUGGGGUGUGCUGUGCGCCUGAGCCUGGCACUCCUGUGUGUCCUGUGUCAGUUCCCCCCCUCCCUCCCUACCUCUGACCCUGUUAGGGUUGAGAGUCACCAGGCUUACGGCUGUCUUGAAGCUGAAGAGGCAGAGAACUACCUAAGAAUCUGUAAAACCAAGUUUCUCCCUCCUUGGCUUCCUCCUGCUGUCCGGUGAGUAAGCCUGCAGGCGCCCUGCCCGUGAGAGCAGAAGCCCCUGAGAGCAGAAGCCCCUGAGCUUCCCUCCUCAGCGUGGCUGUAGUGUCUGGGCCUUGACCUCCUGCUGAAACAUGCGGCAGGGGCAUGGCAGCUAUGAGGUACCUCCUACAUCUGCUUUCUGGCUAUGGUGACUUGGGAUUUUUAACCUUAUAUAUCUAUUUCCUUUAUUCAAAACAAAACAAUUUUUAGCACACUGAAAAAAAAAAAGCUAAACAUUUUGUGCCUUUCUAAGGCAGCACUGUAUCCCAGGCUGCAUUUUAGGACUUAAUAUGGAAAUACCACCAGUCUUAGCUCCUCUACCUUGAGUGUCAUUCAUUAGUCCUUACAGUCUAGGGGAGAGGACGAAGUGCCCUGUGCGGCUGGAGAGGUGGCUCAUGGGGGUGGCACGUCAGCGGUCCCUCCUCCCUGCCAUGAUGCUUAGUUGGAAGAAAUGAGCAUCGCACCCUGGGAUUUGGUUGGUUCCUUUCAGGUUGAAUGUCCUGUCUCUAGCAAGAUGGGACGGAGUGUCCCAUGAUUUCCAGGCAUACUGCGGACCGCUUCAAGCGUCGUGGCCUCCUCCUAUUAAUGACCCAGCUGCAUGGAAUGGCGCAGGGUGGACUCUCCCGAAAGGGAGCUGGCUCUCGGCUCUUCUUCUCGCCGGAUCCUGAACUGGCCCCGCCCUCCUGCCUCUCUUCAGACUCGGCUUCCCGGUCAUUUGGAGGCGUCAGUCUCAGAGCAUUAAGCACCUAGUGCCCCCUUCAGGGUCUGGUUUCCCCUGGAAAGGCAACAAGGACCGCGUGCCAGAAGCCUGUCCUCAGUAUUGUGGCCAGUUUAGGUUUUUGGCUUAAAAAAAAAAUGUGUUCUAUGUAAUGACAUUUUACUUAUCUCUUUUCCCUUUUCUCGGCUCUUCCCUGCUUUUAACUAAUAAAGAAUUGGGAGGUAGGAACAGUUCUUUUUAAAGCCCUCCUUAUUUAGGAUUUUGACAUUCUUGUCCUGGGUGGGGCUGGAGAGAACUUGAUGCUCUCUCCAGAAUGAAGAGUCCCAAUUUGUAUAUCAGUGUUAAACAUAAAACAAAAACCUAGAUGAGAUUUUUGUGGAGUAUUUUAAAAAUGUGUCAUUAAUAUAAAAAAAAUUUAUAUUAGCAGUAUUUAAUCAUUCUCACCUGUAAAGAAUAAGAAAAACAGAAGGUAAAUAUUCUUACAGAGAAUAGCAGAGCUUUAAGAUUCAUUUUCAUUUUAAGUCCAUUUUGUUUUGCCAAUGUAUUAAUGUUUAGAAGUCUGUUAUACUAAUGUUAUUUAUUAAUUUUUUUCAUUUCCAUACACAAUUAACUAAAGAGCUUUUUCAAGCACCCAGAUCCGUAAAAAAAUAUUUUUAAAUAAAGUUUCUUUUGAUGUAGCAGA